UCCCUGCGUCGCCGCCGUCGUAUAGGCUGGGCUUACUGCCCUAUUGAUCCAUGCGAUUCAUGCGCUCAACGAUCACGACGCGCAACCAACAGGCAGUACCUGAGCGUGGCGUGGUGGUGUAACGCCCUUCCCUACCCCGCACCCGCAGCGGAAUGCGCGUCCGGCAACGUGGCAGCCGCCGAUUUCGAUACGGGAAUUCGAUGCGGCACGGGCGCCGAUUGGUCGGGUCUUGCUAGCUGUGUGGAACACGGGCGGCCCGAGACGUGGUGACAGGUAUGCUGUCUGCUGCUGGCGUGGAAGUCUAGGCUUCGAGAAUACUGGAGAUGCGGGGGUGUGGUUGGAGGGUGGGAGAUUACUUGCGGGUUAACUGAAAGGCGCCUUAGAAUGGCGGAGGAAAGUUGGUCCUUGUGGUUAAGAGGCCGGUUUUCAUUCUUAAGAUGUACGUUUCAUAAGGCCGUUACAGGUUCGUUCGUCCCUCUGUCUUUUACGCAUCGUUCACGCACCGGUCGCCGGGCCCUUCUUGUCAAAGGCGCCGCCCUCCGCCGCGCCCUUCUCGCUCGCCGCAAAUGCGCGCCAGAGCCUCUCUUCCAUCGCUUUAUCCUCACCACCGGACUUUGCAUCCACAGUCGCCGAAGCCUGAGCGCGCGCCUCCGUCUCAGUCCCAGCAGCAGGGCCAACGCCCGGGGCUGGCGCAUCCUGCUGUUCCGGGUCCAUCUUGGUCUCGAUUUUGCGGAUUAUCUUGGCCGGAUUCCCUGCGACGACGUGGAAGGGCGGUACGCUCUUGGUGACAACGCUGGCGGCGCCAAUGGUGCAGCCGCGCCCGACGGUCACGCCGGGCAGGAUGCUCACGCCGCCGCCGAUCCAGCAGUCCUCCCCGAUGUGGAUUUCCUUGCCGAGCUCGGGGCCGUUGGUGCCGUUGCGGAGGAGGGGAUCGAGCGGGUGGGUGCCGCUGUAGAAGGAGACGUUGGGACCGAUGAGGGUGCGCGAGCCGAUGGUCACCAGGCACGUGUCGAGGAUGGUGCAGCCGUAGUUGAUGUACACAUUCUUGCCCAGCUUGACAUUGGUGCCGUAGUCCAUGUGUACGGGGGCCUCAACCCAAGCAUCGUCUUUGAAGAGAUCUUCGUCGGCUUCGGGCGUGGCUGCUGGUGGGGGGAGCGGGGUAGUGUCGCCAACGAUGCUGAGGAAGUCCAAAUCGUUAGCUUCGAUGCCAUGUUGUAAGUAGAGCUGGGGCGCUGCACUCACUCCCUAAACAGCUCGACCAGGCGGCGUCGGGGAACCUCGCCGGCGUUGCUGUAGCGCUUGCAAGCCCAUGAGCAGCGGGUACGCGCGGCGACGAGAUCGGGGGUGAAGGCAUGGUAGAGCUCGCCGGCGGCCAUGCGCCGCCUAUUCUCGUUCAUAUCGAUAUCGCGCAGAUCGGCCAUUGUGGGAUGGAAGGACAGGUGCAAGCAGAGCUCCGGGUCAGAAGGUGG